ACUACCCCACCAUUACCACUUCCAUCUGUCAUCUCCGCCUUUCAUGCCCAAACUUCGAUACUCAAAAUUAACCUAACAAACUUCACACAACCUUUCUUCGUUCGAUUUCUUGAUCUGCUGUGUUCUGCUGCUUUUGUUACUGACCCCUUCUUCCAGAUUCAAGAGUUUUUUGUUCUGUCCGCUGUGUGGUAAUGGCGGACAAAGUGAAACAAAUCUUGUCCAGACCUAUUCAGUUAGCUGAUCAGGUGGUCAAAGCAGCGGAUGAAGCCACUUCCAAUAAACAAGAUUGCGCUGAACUCAAAUCCAAGACGGAAAAACUCUCCGCACUGCUUAGACAAGCCGCUCGAGCAAGUUCAGAUCUUUACGAACGUCCCACGCGCCGGAUCAUUGACGACACCGAACAAGUCCUCGAGAAAGCACUGGCUUUAGUCCUCAAGUGCCGCGCCAAUGGGUUGAUUAAGCGCGUCUUCACCAUCAUACCGGCUGCUGCGUUUCGUAAAAUGUCGUCGCAAUUAGAGAACUCAAUCGGAGACGUUUCGUGGCUUCUCCGCGUCUCCGCUUCAGGGGAUGACCGUGAUGACGAGUACUUAGGCCUCCCACCAAUCGCUGCUAACGAGCCAAUACUUUGUCUGAUAUGGGAACAAAUCGCAAUUCUAUAUACAGGGUCACUUGAUAACAAAUCCGACGCCGCAGCAUCGCUUGUAUCACUAGCACGUGAUAACGAUCGGUACGGGAAGUUGAUUAUCGAAGAAGGUGGGGUCGGCGCGUUAUUGAAAUUAGUGAAAGACGGUAAACUAGAAGGUCAAGAAAAUGCAGCUAGAGCAAUUGGGCUGCUUGGACGUGACCCGGAAAGUGUGGAACACAUGAUCCACAGUGGAGUAUGUUCGGUGUUUGCGAAAAUACUGAAAGAAGGACCUAUGAAGGUACAAUCUGUUGUUGCGUGGGCUGUGUCUGAAUUAGCAUCACAUUAUCCGAAAUGUCAGGAUCUUUUUGCACAACAUAAUAUAAUUCGGUUGCUUGUUGGCCACCUGGCUUUUGAGACUGUUCAGGAACAUAGUAAGUAUGCUAUUACCAGUAACAAAGCUAUAUCUAUUCAUGCUGUUGUUGUUGCUAGUAGUAAGAAUACUAAUUCGAUUGCGAAUGGUAAUAAUAGUAAUAAGUAUAUGCCUCAUGAUGAUGAUGAUGAUAAGCAUCGUCAGAUUCCUCAUCCAAUGGGAAACAAGGCUCCAAGUCAAAUGCAUACUGUGGUUACAAAUACAAUGGCAAUGAAGGCUGGAUCGAUGACGGUUGAGAAACUGGGGAAUGUUACAAAUCAGAGCAACAAUGUGAAAAGUAAUGGUUUCACCAAUAACAAUGCAAAGCAAAAUCAUCAGUUGCAGCAUCAGCAGAAUCAUUCGCUUUCAGGGGUUAGUAUAAAGGGAAGAGAACUGGAAGACCCUGCUACUAAGGCCUACAUGAAAGCGAUGGCAGCAAGAGCACUUUGGCAGCUUGCCAAGGGAAAUGCACCCAUUUGUCGCAGCAUAACUGAAUCCAGAGCAUUGUUAUGUUUUGCGGUUCUUUUGGAGAAAGGAUCUGAAGAAGUUCAAUACAAUUCUGCCAUGGCAUUGAUGGAAAUCACAUCAGUGGCAGAGCAAGAUACCGAAUUGAGAAGAUCUGCAUUCAAACCCAAUACGCCUGCCUGCAAAGCUGUUGUUGAUCAGCUAUUGAUUAUCAUUGAAAAAGCGGAUUCUGAUCUUCUUAUUCCAUGCAUCAAGGCCAUUGGAAAUUUGGCUAGGACUUUCAGAGCAACAGAAACAAGGAUGAUUUCUCCAUUGGUUAAACUUCUUGAUGAAAGAGAAGCUGAAGUUUCUAGGGAGGCUGCAAUUGCGCUUACAAAGUUUGCCUGCAGUGAUAAUUAUCUUCACGAUGACCACUCCAAGGCAAUUAUAACUGCAGGAGGUGCAAAGCACUUGGUUCAGCUAGUGUAUUUUGGAGAACAAAUUGUUCAGUUAUCAGCAGUGGUUCUUUUAUGCUACAUUGCCAUGCAUGUACCAGAGAGCGAGGAACUCGCACAAGCUGAAGUGCUCCCCGUGCUAGAAUGGGCAUCUAAGCAGAGCUGCAUGAUCCAAGAUGAAAUAAUUGAAUCAUUGUUACAAGAAGCCCAAAGUAAACUGAAGCUUUUUCAGUCUAGAGGUUCGAGGGGAUUCCAUUGAUUCAUCCGCUGUUGCAACCAAAUUCUCAAUUUGUUGUUCCUGUUUCAUUAUUCUAAUUGAGUGUACAUAAAAUUAGAUGUUAUCCUGUAAUUGUUUAGAAGUAUGUUUAGUCCUUUACAAAGCAGCUUGCUGCUGCUUCUUUUUGUGCUUUUCCCCAUUUGUUAAUGUUAAGUUUCAUGGCUCAACUUAAGCCACCCAGAACCAAUUAUUAGUUUGGGUAU